GUCCCGUUGCUGGACUUUGGCCCGGAGCCCGGUGUGGGAGGGAUGAGGCGGCGGCCUCUUCUCCGCCCUCCAUCCCCUCUCCCCCGGCCGCCGGGCCGCGGGCCACUCGCAUGGGGUGUCGCGGUGCAGCGCAGCGAGCCGGGCCUCCAGCGCUCGCCGACGGAGCCGGGGACGAUGCUGGCGGCCGCGGCCCUGUGCGCCGCCGCGUUGGGCUGGGCUGCGGGAGCGCGGCUGCUCAGCGCAGUGGACAUAUCCCUCAGAAGAGGACAGACAAUUUGUCGUCGUGGAACAGAGCCACCGUGCUACAAAAUAGUUUAUUUUCAUGAUGCUUCACGCAGGAUCAGCUACGAAGAAGCACAGCAUGCCUGCAGAACUGAUGGUGGACAUCUAGUCAGUAUUGAAACAGAAGCAGAGCAAAGACUGAUUGAAAGAUUCAUUGACAGUCUCUUAGCUUCUGAUGGAGACUUUUGGAUAGGGCUUAGGAGGAAAAAGGAGGUAGACAACAGUACAGACUGCCAGAACCUCUACUUCUGGUCAGAUGGCAGCUCAUCCAACUUCCGGAACUGGUAUGUAGAUGAGCCAUCCUGUGGGAGUGAAAUCUGUGUUGUGAUGUACUACCAGCCAUCUGCCCCACCAGGUGUUGGAGGUCCUUACAUGUUUCAAUGGAACGAUGACAGAUGCAACAUGAAAAAUAACUUCAUUUGCAAAUAUUCCCUUGAGAAGACAACGAGAGCUCCAAUAGAGAAUUCCCAGAAAGGUGUUGCAACAGAACCCUUAAACCCACUAUUCCCAAAAGAGCACCAUAGAAAAGAUGCUAAUGUAACACUUGUGAAAGCCCAAGAACCUGUUCAGAGUCUUGCCUACAUCCUUAUUCCCAGCAUUCCUGUACUGCUGCUCCUCAUAGUUGUUAUAGGCAUCUUCUGGUUUUGGCUUGUUGUGAAGAGACAGGAGCAAAUUGAUGCAAGCCCAAAGGAGGAAGAUGCAUGGCUGUCUAACCACAGCAGAAACAGUCCAAAUCUGGAUAUUUACAAAGUCAUCAAGAAGCAAUCAGAAGCAGAUCUGGCUGGAACCAGGCCUGACACUAAGAAUUCUUCCUUUCGUAAACAGGAAGAUAAGGUGCUUGACAGUUUCCCCAGUGAUUACAGUGGUGCAGCAACAAAUACAUCGAGUGGCUUUGUGACAUUGACCAGUACUGAAAGUGGCUUUGUGACCAAUGAUAUCUAUGAGAUGUGUGGACAUCAUGUGGGGAGGAGCAAGGAAUCGGCCUGGGUGGAGAAUGAGAUUUAUGGAUAUUAAGGAAAUGGAACAAAACAAAUCCUGGGAUAUGGAUGACAAAGUGAAUGUUGAUACAAGCUAACCUGCCUUCCCUAUGCACUUGUUUUAAUAAUAGUAUACGUGAUGUUUAUCCUAGUUUUGCAUUGUCCCUAUAUUCUUCUCUUUUUCUGAAAGAAUAUGGGUUUUUAAAGAUCCAGACUGAAAAGAAUGUAUAUAUUUUGCUCUGCAUCAAGUCUCCUGUCCCCUGGGAAUGGCUUGUUAUUUCUCUUUAUUCUUUUUUUGUACUCCAAAGAUAUGCCUUUGAAACUAAAGUGCAAUCAAAAAUCUGUAUUUAUUUAACUGACCUUCAAAGGUGUUAAAAGUCACUAGUGACUGGAUAUAUAUAGAUAUAUAUAAACCUAUGGUUUCUCAUAGGUACUGAUUGCAGCACUGUGGCCUCUGGAGUCUUUUUUUUUUCAGUACAGAGCCAGUUUGAGUUUGUGAAUGGGGUCCAGCUGUUAAUAAAGAAGUCAUGAAUGUGGGGUUGCAUUCAGAGCUGUACAGCUUUUUGCUAGGGAUCUUGGCAUGUUUGUAGCUGCAUAUGUGUAGAAAACACUGCAAAGUCAGACCAUUAAGACUUGUUUGUCCUGCCUGAUCUGGCAUCUCAACUGCUUCAUCCAUUGAUUUAUAGAUUCUCAAGGCAAAUAUGUUCAGCUUUGAGUAAACCAGCACUGUACUUGCUCUGUUUUCAAUUAUUCCACCAAUGGAAUUGUUCUUUAAAAAUGGAGUUUUGUUUGUAUCCCAUUGAACUAAUAAGUGGGAUUGCAACAUAAAAAGCCAAGUAUGUUGAAUGUUUGGAAGCUGGAUAUUUGCACUGAAGGAAAGAAAGCAUUUUGAGCAUUAUCAUGUAUCUGGGGCCAUUUGGUUUCAGCUCCGUACUCUGUCUCAGUCUGCUCUUAACUAUGAGUGCCUCAGUCCCAUAUGAAAAACAGAAAAAACAGCAAUUCACAGGCUUACAGGGAAGCCUAAAAUCUAAUAAUUGACUUUGAAGUGUUUUGGGGACUACAAUAAUGAGGCCUUGUAAUAGAUAAAAUUGAUGUUAUUAACCAGCAGAUCUGUGCAGCAAUUUUGAAGCAUGUCUAGAAGCUGUAUAAAAAUUUAUUUGAUUAAAAUAUAUGGUUUGGUUAAGCAGCUCUGGCACCUAACCCUGUAUGUAGCAAGUAAUGUUUUUUACUUAUUCAGUUAGAUCACAUUUGAUCUUUUCACAAGCUAAAUAAAAAUAGUAGAUGCUUGUUUAUC